GUUGUUGUUUCUUUUUCUUUUUUUUCUUUUUGGUGGAGAACAGUGACAGAAAGCCAAUGCACUGCGCGCUCUCUCCGCCACACGCAGAAGCGCACGCAGGACUCCCGCAGGAUGCUCUCCAACAGCCCGCACGUCUGGUACAAAGUGGCAGGCUGUUUGGUUUUCUUCUCCUUCUGCGAUUACGCUGAUGUUGCUGCUGGCAGCUCAGGAAAAAGCUCUCAGAGCCAAGAUAAUCUGCACGUCAUCCACAACAAUCAGCUGGACCUGCGGGAGAUAGUGUUCAUCAUCCAGAGUCAAAGCAACUCCUUCCACGUGAGGCAGGCGGAGAGGCGGAGGGCGGAUUUACUGAAGCAGGCGCACGGUCUCGCCGAGAAACCACCAGAGGUUCUGCUUCUUCACAAUUUAUCGCAUAAUGAGGGCGACUGGAGUAUCCUUCCUCUGCUGCCUUACUUGUCCCGCUCUUUUGGGAAAAAUUCAUCUUGGAUUGUAUUCCUUGAGGAGGAGACGAACGUGAACAUGCCCGUCCUCGUCCGGGUCCUGGAGAAAUUCGACAGGAACGAGGAGUGGUUUCUGGGUAAGCCGCUCCGCGAUGAGGAGUCGACCAUCAUCCAUCACUACGCCUUUGCAGAAAAUCCCUCCGUCUUUAAAUACCCAGACUUCGCUGCUUCUUGGGCCUUAAGCAUCCCUCUGGUUGUUCGCCUGGCAAACAAAGUGAGAGAGGAGCCACUUAAAUCUGAUUUCACCAUUGACCUGAAACAUGAGGUUGCCUUGUAUAUCUGGGACGAUGGGAAGGGUCCACAUCUGACUGCCGUUCCCGAGCUGUGCACCGAGCCGGAGGACUCUCCCCGGGCCCGGCGCUGUGCCACCACUCUGAGCCCAGAGCCUCCGCUGUGUGGGGAGCCUGUAAAUACAGACGAUAUAUUCGUUGCAGUGAAAACGUGCAGGAAGUUCCACAAGGAGCGAGUUCCAGUGAUAAAGAAGACUUGGGAAAAGGAUGCCUUAUUUUUAGAGUAUUACAGCGACCAUGCUGAUCCUUCCAUCCCCACCAUCGAUUUAGGAGUUCCAAAUACCGAGAGAGGCCACUGUGGGAAAACAUUUGCGAUCCUUCAAAGAUUUCUGAGCAGCGCUGUUCCAAACACCAAGUGGCUUCUGGUUGUGGAUGAUGACACUCUUAUCAGCCUCCCCAGACUGCGGGUGCUGCUGAGCUGUUACGACCCGUCCGAGCCGGUGUGUCUCGGCGAGCGCUACGGCUACGGCCUGAGCCAAGGCGGCUACAGCUACAUCACGGGAGGCGGAGGCAUGGUGUUCAGCAGGGAGGCGGUGGUCCAGCUUCUCGGCAGCGGCUGCAAGUGCUACAGCAACGACGCGCCGGACGACAUGGUGCUGGGGAUGUGCCUCAACGCGCUCGGCCUGCCCGUCACGCACAGCGCCCUCUUCCACCAGGCGCGCCCAGAGGACUAUGCCCGGGACUUCCUGGCGCACCAGGUUCCCAUCUCUUUCCACAAACACUGGAACAUCGACCCCGUCGCUGUUUUCCACAAAUGGCUGAAGGACGACGGGAGCACAAACGCCUCGGACCAACUCAACAAGAGGACUAAGACCGAGCUGUAAAGAUCUGAAGCACACGGCUCGCCUCUAUCAACAUGUAUUUAUGUACAGAGUGUGUGUGCGCGCGUGUGUGUGCGUGUGGGUGUGUUAUGUCAUGGAAACAAUGUAUUCACAGCUGUAAAUGUUUUUGUAUUGUUGAUGUUGAUGUUAUUGAGAGUGUGUGUGUCCAUGACUGAGAUGCAUGUUGAGUUUACUGUUUGAUUUGGGAAAUAUUAAUAAAAAAAAUGUGUGUGUAUUUAUAUCACAUGAGUAAUCUGGAACCUGACAGAGGAGACACUGUACCUUUUAGAAAUGAUCACUAAUGCUGUACAAUGUGCUCUAUUUUGACAUAAAAGGACAAAUAUUGGGGGAAAAAAAAAUGAUUUUCACUUUUAUUGGAGACCUAAAUAAGUUCCCAAACUG